UGAUUGGCCGCCGCGAUUUAAAUGGCAGAUUUGAAUCCGUCUCGCGAGGAACAAGAGGACGACGCAGACGCUCUCUCGAUUUUCCUGCAAAAUGGCCCAAAAUAUCGCACCAGGGAACAGCACGACGGCGAGUCCGAGUAAAGGGAGCAGCGACAGAGCCAUAGCGGGGAGAGACUCGCACUCAGUCAGUAAAAGACUUCAACAUGAGCUCAUGACUUUGAUGAUGUCAGCAAACAAAGGCAUCUCGGCUUUCCCGGAAGGUGACAAUCUCUUUAAAUGGAUCGGCACAAUCACUGGUCCAGCAUCCACGGUAUAUGAGGGACUCUCCUACAAACUCUCUCUAGAAUUCCCUAGCAGUUAUCCAUACAGCGCGCCAACAGUCAAGUUCGUCACCUCAUGCUUCCAUCCAAAUGUCGACCUCCAUGGUAACAUCUGUCUAGACAUCUUAAAAGAGAAGUGGUCUGCGUCUUAUGAUGUGCGAUCGAUUCUCCUUUCGAUCCAGUCAUUACUUGGAG